AUGCUAUAUCUCGGGAAUCAUCUAGUUGCUUUCUUUACAUUUCUUUCAGUACCAGCCCUAGCAGAUUCUGGCGAUGACUUCAGCAACAACCUGUUUUCUGACCUUGCCCCGUUACUUGCAUUGUUUGGAGAGCGGGUGACAAUGCAAUUCCUAAGCCAGUCGAUGGGCUGGGCCGACUGUAUCAUCUUAGCGGUGGCGCCCCUUGGUAUUAUUACAACUAUCGUUAGUGCUAUCCGGGUUGACGGACCGCCUUGGCUGAAGGCUAUCAUAGGCAGGUCCAGAGAGAAUCUAUCAGCCGCUGAGAUGGAGCUUAUGUCAUCGACAUCUCAAGAAACUUGUGAGCUAUGGAACGGGAGGGAUAUUGUGAGAUGCCAGGGGAAAGCUCCUGUUACAGAGUUUAUCUGUCUUGCGCCAGUGGCAGGUAGUGGGACCAUCAAACGCAUCAGGUUCUUGAAGCUAAGUGAAGCAAUUGAUCAAAAGCUGGUGCGAAAACAGCAUGAACAGAGGGAUGAUAUCUCCAACAUGCUUGUCCCAUCAAAAUGGAGCCGCACAGAGCCCCAACGUGUCGAAGAGAGUAAUCAGAGCCCUGAAGGUGGUAUAAAAUACUUUUGGGAUGGCUUUAGAUCACACCGAAAGAGUAGGGACAUUGAAGUGCCGACGCCGAUAUUCCUCGAAAGUCGGACACCAGAAGCUCAAGCUCAGCCACCCUUGGCAUCUGAACUGAUUGUCCUGAGGAACACUACGACUCAUGCCCCAAAUAUCACCCUGAAUCGACAUCAUAAAGUCGACCGAGGUCAUUUAUACAUGGUUGCGAGCUUUGGGAUUCUCCUUCAAAUUGGAGUCCUGGUCUACUUUGGUUUCAUCACCUACUAUCCAACUUUGAAAUUCAAGAAAAACAACAAACAGGUACUUGGGUACGCCUUCCCUUUUGCAGCAGCUGGCACAGUACUCCUCGUCUUGGGGAUGCUUCUCUCCGCCCAUAUUGUCAAUCGUAGUACCACUGAGGAGAGAUAUGAACCAGCUCAAGGCCGUGAAAUCAGGAUGAUCUGGCUACAGCAGAAGCAGACGGUGAGUGAUCAGGUCUUCGGAUCAUUCGCUUUAUACCCUCGACGGUCUCCACAGGCUAUCACUACUUCAAAAAGAAAUUCGACCACCGAUUUCAAUCGGAGGCGUGACUCCGAAUCAUCAAUAGAGCCCCUAUUCAACGAUACGAGCUCAGCCUCCGAUCAAUCUCACGGAACACAAAAUGCAGCAUCAUCUUACGACUUGGAGUCGGUACCAGCCUUCACCCUUACUGUCUUUGCAACAUUAGUUUGUCUAGCUGGAUUCAUCAUCCAGUUUAUCGGCCUGAGAGCGAUGCAUUGGUCAGCGGCAGUGGGACAACUCAUCGCCGUCACAAUUAUGACCAUUCUUCGAGCUAUCAUCCGUCUAGGCUUCAUUGCCCCUUUAAAAUACUCCAAUUUGAGGGAUAGGUUUGAGCUUGAUGGGCUUGCUCUGGCCCUAAGAGACCCAAAGCUAGGCCCUGAUAGUGGACCAAUGAAUGACGAUCACAAUUUUGACUUCGGUCUCUCCAAACAUCGAACCUGGACGGUGGUAUUGAAAGGGGAUUCAGACAUCGAAACACCAGAUCAAGGUGACAAAUCUAAUCCAGGAGAACUCUCGGUAGAGCGACGAGGCAAUGAAGCACAAGAGAUCUUGGAAAUACGAAGACAUCUAGCGCAGCUAGCCGGAUGGGGUGGACCAGCUUCAAGAGAGGCAAACUCUCUUGCUGAGGCCAUUGAGGUCACGAUGAACACCUUAUGUCCGUGGGAAGCCUCUGAGCCACCUACUUGGAGCUGGACAAUUCAAGUCGAUACACGCGCAAAAAACGAGGACCCUAAAACAUUUCCCGUUUCUUUACACUUGAAGCACCUGAAAGGGCAGUGGAAGGCCCGUAUAGAUGAACUCGACUCAGUCUUAUCCUUGUGGCUUGCCUCGAUAGACAAAGAGCGAGAGUUGGCUUCAACUACCUCUAAGACAAAAAGGUUGGGGGACGAUGACGAAUGGUAUCGCAAGAAGAGUUCCCAGACUAGGGGCGGUCUGGUACUUCUGGGAGAGCGUACAAAGUAUUUGGAACAGGCAUUUGAAUGGUGGCUGCCAGCAGACGCACCAAAGCCUCUGGAGAUCAAUGAGAGCGAAAUCAAAGAACAAUACGAAGAGGCAUGGAGGGUUGUCGGUACGAAAUUUCGCGAGGGCUAUUACAAGUCAUCGCUUACUGAGUCCUCAGACGAAGAGGAAGAGCGCGAGCAGACGAAUGUCGGUGAUUCUGACGAAGUAGACGACGAGGACGAGGAGAGUUCUUUUGAUUCUCAAACCGUCAAACCGGCCACAUUCUUCUCUAUUUCGUCGAACGACAGCCUGGAGCAUCUUUUUGCUAGGCACAUAUUCCAUGCCUUUGUUUGGGCAGCUGUUUCGAGGAUGGAAGCCCCAAUCGAUCAACGUUCAGAGAUGGAGGUAGCGGGAACAGUAAUCCCAGGCGAAUGGAACAACAUCCGGCUUCGUGGCACUAUACUUGCUAGGCUAGUUUUAAACUGGAGAGCAGCUUAUGAGUCUUAUGACGCUUUGUUGGACCUCGCAAGUCAGUUUCGCGAAGAUAGUUUCACCUUCAGAAGAACGGUUGCGAUAGCGGUUGAGUACAUGCGAACCACAGCUUCAUUGCCUAAAAUACCAGAAAGUGGGGAGGAUCAAUUCUAUGAGGCACAGUCAAUCUAUGAGAAACUGUCACUGCGACUCAGCAACCGCGCGUACCUGCGGAUCCGGGAUGAUCUGGACAUCCUAUAUAAUCGACAGCAGCGGGGAUCAUUGAUCUCUAGGCACAAUGAUGGACACCAAUUCGAGAUCACCAGCUGCGGCUUUUCACGGUUACACGACCUAACAGCCUAUCGUAACUCUGAGAAUGAGCGUACAAUUCCGGUAAUUGAAGAGAUGCUUUCCAGAACUGGUCAUCUUGCUGAAACACGAUUGGCAUUUGGAGAGAUAACAGACGAGCUACAUAAAUAUGUUAGAAGUCAAGACAUCCUUGGAUGGACCCCGCUUCACUAUGCCGCAGCUUGGAAGAAUUAUGAAGCGCCCUACUGGAUAAACAGCUUGCUGGCCAAGGGGGCUGAUCUUGAUGCUACUGAUAUUCGAGGUUGGACGCCACUACAUUAUUCCAUUUGGAACCGCAAUCCCUGUGCCGCUCGGAAACUUCUCGAGCAAGGUGCAAAUACGAAAAUAGCAGGGGUUGAUGGCAUAACACCUUUGCACUGCGCCGCUGCAAAAAUGACGGCGCGUGUAGUUAAAGAGUUGAUCUCUCACCCUAGGCAGCGCGCGGAUCAAUUUGCUACGGACAACUUCGGUAGGAUUCCUAUCCACUUGGCAGCUCAAGAAGGCAACACGCAUGUUAUCGCCACUCUCCGCCUGAGUAUAAACGAGAAAGAUCGGCAAGGCCGGACAGCAUUUCAUCUGGCAGCUUUCAGCGGGCACAUGGAAACAAUUUCUAAGAUUGUCGAAUGUGAAACCAACUUGAAUGAGACCUUUGAGCCUUUUCAAUUUUCUCAAUCGUACACAGCCCUGCAUUGGGCUGCGCAGCAGUCUAAAAGGGAACUUGUGGCGGUGCUUCUCAAUUCAGGGGCUAAUGUUAAUGCAAGAUGCCGUGUCCAGAUGACCCCUUUACAUUAUGCAUGUCGUGAGAACAGUCUAGAGAUUGUUGAUAUUCUGAUCAACAGUGGGGCGGAUGCCAAUGUGGAAGAUCAAUACCAUUGCACUCCGCUAUGGGAUGCAGCGAGUUGUGGAAGACUUGAAUACGUUUUUAGACUUCUCAAGGUGGUUGAUAUCGAUAUCAAUGCUCGGCCUGGAACAAGACGUCAUGGGAGCCCCUUGAAAGCUGCGAUUGAGAGAGGUCAUGGUGACGUGGUAAGAGUCUUAGUUGAAAGUGGCGCUACAAUAAGUGAGGAUAUAUUAGAUUUUAUAGCGGGUUCAGAUAAAUCAACAAACCGUCACGGGGCGGAGGAGAGUGAAGAGGACGGUGACGACGACAGUGACGAGCAGGCGACGGGAGACGACAAUGGGGAGGCAGAAAGCGAGGGGAACAAAAAGCCAGGUCUCAAAAUUGAAGACAUUGAGAUGUAUAUACGUGCCGCCUUUUCACUUCGAAAGGCUUUCGAGGAGCAUGUUCCUGGAGAGAUGGGAGGUAUCAUACUAUCAGAGCUAAUACGACGGCUGUCCCCCCCAUAG